AAUCCAGAAAAAAAAAAUCAAAACAAAAUCAUAGGUUUCUACAAAAGUUGAUCAUCGUCCAUUAAAUCUGGGUUGUCUUUUUUAAAGAUUAUAAACCCAAGUCGACAAGUCCUGCCCACAUCUACUUCGAUCACCGUGUAUCUUCAUUCGGGUUGAUCCGGAUAAAGCACAAAUCAAGCCCUCAAAAUCCAAGUAGGCGCCCACUUUGCGACUCAAACGACCUUCUAUGGCUUCGACAUGGACCCUAAUCCAAACUCUUCCCUUCACUCUCGAGGCUUUCUUCCUCUCUCCUCUCCUUUCUCGACCACAAGCUUCAGACCACCAGGAUGUCGCUCAAGCUCCGACGGAACCUGGUUUCUCAAUUGCAGACUAAGUGCGGCGACUUGGAGCAGACCACAAUUAGUAAAUAAUAAUUAUGCCAGUCUACAUUCUUGCUUCUUUCUCUGGUCGCAUUGGUGUUCUUUUCGGCAAUUUCAAUGCCGGAUUGAAUGAUCUAGGUUCAUUAACUGGCGGCUGACGCUUCGGGUUCUCUGUCAGGUUAUAGGGUUUAUUGAUUCAUUUAUUUACUUGAGAUAAAUGGGAGGAAGGAGCGGCAGUUAUUGGGGCAAAUGCUUCCGACACCGGCUAAGGUGGUGGCGAGGGUGGAGAUACUUGGAGCCUAUACUGGGUUUUUUGGGUUGGGUUGGUAAUUUGAAGUUGAUUUGUCUGAUAACAGCCAUUUCAUAAUUGGCGGGUCCAUCUUACUUUAUCUCCUGGGAACUACCAAGCUUCUGUAAUCGCUAGAGCAUGUGGAAUCAUAAUACUUUAUGUGGGGUUGAGCUCUCCAGGAACAAGGAGCCAUCUGAAGGAGAAGACCUCACUUCAUGGAAGGUGUCGAAACCAUUGGAACUCCAUGAGAGUGACGAACCAGUGAAAGUUCUGCAUAAUCAUUCCAUGUUGAACAGUGAAAAUACAGAUAAUCAUCAUCAUGUUGGCAGUCAGUCAAACUUGAGCGUGCUCUUUUAUCAACUCGGUCGAGAUAGCUCCAUUGAAUGCCUCCUCCACUGCUCGAGAUUUGAUUAUGGGGUUAUUGCCUCAUUAAAUCAGGGUUUCCGGUCCCUCAUUCGAAGUGGUGAGCUAUACAGGGUGAGGAGGAAAAUGGGAAUUGUUGAGCACUGUAUUUACUUCUCUUGCAUCCUUCUAAAAUGGGAGGCAUUUGAUCCAAUUCGUUGCCGAUGGAUGAAUUUACCCACAAUUACUUCCGCUGACGUAUGUUUCAUGUGUACCAGCAAACAGUUGUUGGCAGUUGGUACGGAACUUCUUGUUUUUGGAAAGGAAAUAAAUUCCCCCGUUAUUUUCAAAUAUAGCAUUUUGACGAACACGUGGUCCUCUGGGAUGAAUAUGAGGACUCCAAGAUUCUCGUUUGCUUCGGCCAGUCUUGGUGAAAUUGCUAUUCUUGCUGGCGGUUGUGAUCUAUGUGGCAAUAUUUUGAGCUCUGUGGAACUUUAUAAUUCUGAAAGUGGCUCGUGGUUGAAUCUUCCCAGCAUGAAUAAAUCGAGGAAGUUUUGUACUGGAGUAUUUAUGGAUGGCAACUUCUAUGUGAUUGGUGGGAUCGGGGAAGGAAAUUCCAAAAGGCUUACAUGUGGUGAGGUUUAUGAUCCAAAGACGAGGACGUGGCAUGUGAUACCCGAUAUGUUCCCUAGACGAAGGGCUUGGUCCAAUGAAACCCAAGCUGGAGCUGAUGCGCCUCCUUUGAUUGCUGUUGUGAAGAACGAGCUCUUUGCAGCUGAUCAUACUCGAAUGGAGGUCCAGAAGUAUGUCAAAGAAAAGAAUGUAUGGGUCACGCUUGGAAGAUUGCCCGAACAAGCACUUUCAGUGAAUGGUUGGGGGCUUGCUUUUAAGGGAUGUGGAGAUCGUCUGAUUCUUAUAGCUGGAACUAGUUCUUUAAAUGGAGGGAUCGUUGAAAUUAACUCUUGGAUUCCAGGUGACGGUCCUCCUCGGUGGAACCUACUUGGUAGCAAACCCUUUGGCAGUUUUGUGUAUAACUGUGCCGUCAUGGAAUGCUGACGUGUCCAGUACUCCAGUUUCGGGAACAAUGCAGGAGCCACAAGUUGUCUGUAGUAUAUGAUAAUCUGGGUAUUAGUUGGUAACCUCUGCCUUCUUUUUGGGUUAAAUUCAGUUACUAACUUAAAUCUUUAGACAGUUUUAGAACCAAGUCCAGGGCUUUAUUUUCCAUUUAAUAUAUUUUCGUUUCUAUGCUUCCCCAAGCCCCAUCCUUCCCAUUGCCCUAAGAAGAAUUUUUUGUUGUGUAAGAUGCUCUGAUAUGUUUGGUCUAUGAGAUCUUUAAAAGCUUCCAUCA